UUUGUCAACGUAUCGUUCGAGGUUUCUCAACGGAAAGAUGUUCAGCAUCAAGAAACUGAAGGCUUCAAAGCCGAAGCCGUAUUCCAACCCACUUAAAGUAAAAGUGAUUGGGGUCGGUGAUAAGUCGACGUACACAACAGCCGAUGGUAAAGAAAAACAGCUUGUUCCACUUGGGGUUGCAGAUAAAGAGGACUCUAUAAAAGUGUCCUUGUAUGAAGUUGACAAAUUACCAUUAUUGAAGGCAGGAGAAUGCGUGGUUCUAUCGAACUACGUAUACAGAGCGGACCCUCAUCCAACAAUAGUGGUCACUGCAGUGACCAGAGUCAUGAAAACCUCAGCGUUUGCGGUUCCAGAAGAUGUCAAAUUAACAGCAAAGGCAAUUGCAAAUCCUGCCCCAGCCAAAAUCAUAACGAUCCACGAUGCCAAAAAGAGCCCUAUCAAAUCCUUGGUAUCGAUAAAAGGACGAGUUAUUUCGGAGGAAAUAAUUCGAACAGUACAAGUAAGAGGAACAGAUGUCCAGGUACGGAAUGUAAGGGUAAAGGAUGGAACCGAGGAAGUAAAGGUGGCAUUAUGGUGUGACCAAGUCGAUGGGUGCAAAGUUGGAGAAUUCUUAGAAUUCUCUAAUUUGGUGACCAACUCGUACAUGGAUGAGGUUUCCUUGUCAACAACACAAAGAACAAAAAUACAGCCAUGUGAUGCUCCCCCAUCAAUGCUAACAGGAACAGUCAUUGCCUAUGAAAAAUCUGAAUUUGGAUUUUCCAUUAUGGUGGAAGACGGAGACACAUUUCAGACAGUUGGUAUCCCCAUAAAUAUGGUCCGUGACGCUCUCGAAUGUGAUGAGAAUAGUGUUGAAGACACUUUAUCCAUUAGAAUACCAUUCAGUGUGGCAGUGGGAACCACAAACGGAAUUGUCUCUUCAUUUGCUUUAGUGUGAACUUUUUAUGCACUGUUGGUGAU